AUGGACUGCUGCGGCGGAGGGUGGGACGAGAAAGUCACGUCGCAGAUGAGCGGGAAGGAAGGCGGCGGCGGGAUCGUGCGGGGGCAGUCGAAGGAGUUACUGCUGGGGAUAUGCUCCGGUUCUAGGGCACAAGAUCCAGUGGACUCCAUCUCGCAGUCGCAGAUAAGUAUCAUGACACAUGGUUCAGCCAGGACUGAGUUUCAGAUAAGUAAUCUGACAUUUAUCAAUCUGAGAGUUACAGAAUAUCAGGAGUUGAGAGCACUGCGAGGAGUUCCUAUUUACAGGCAGCAAGCUGUGGUUCCUAUAAAGUUUCAUGUUGCUGGAAUUGCAAUGGGCCUGGUCCUUGAUACACAGGAAUUUGGUGGAGAUGGUAGCCCACUUAUACUUUCUGAUAUUACUGGAGCUGAAGAUGCCUCUGGUGACAUGGAUUUGAAGAUUGCUGGUAAUGAAAGUGACUAUAUAGAUUUGGAGCCGCUGCAAGCUGCAGUAAUCAGAACCGAUACUGACACACAACAGGUUACCAAUAGAUACAAGCAUAAGAAAGAAGGAACCUACUGA